AGUGCUCAAAUAAUUGGCAAGUUACAAAAUAGACAGAUUAACUACUGAAUAAGUAUUCAUUUGCAUUAACUUCGAGUACUGGCAUUAAGCAGCACUUGAUGUUCCAAAAUUGCAUUAAGCAGGGUUAUAUAGUUGUAUGCAUGUUAAUGGAGAAUGUAUUUCUGUUAACCCAGAGUAAAUGGAUUGAUAUGAGUCAUAUACUUAUCAUGAAAACAUGAAUGAGACUGAUACAGUUGGAUUUGAACAUACGCUUACCUAUUUAGGAGCUUUAGCCAGAGCUUCGUAUGUGAUAGCUAUAGCCUAUAAACUAAAACUAAGCGAGCAUUCUGGGACACAUAUUGAUGCACCAGUACACUUUUCUGAAGGAAAACCAACCGUUGAUGAGAUAUUGCCUGAAGACUUGAUUGAUCAAGCAAUUGUGAUCAACAUUACAGAACAAGCAUUUGAAAAAAUCCCGACUAUGAAGUAUCUGUUGAUGACAUCAAAAACUGGGAGAAGCAAAUGGUGUGAUUCCUAAUGGAACUAUCGUGUUUAUACUCACAGGUCUUGGAAGAUACUGGGGGGAUCUCAUCAAGUAUAUGGGAAUUAGAAAUGCAUCCAAAUUUCGCAACUUCCAUUUUCGAGGUAAGAAUUUAAAAAAAUUGUAAUUUGUCGUUGUAGUGGAAAAUUUCCAAUCUCAGAACAAACAGGCUAAUUAAAAUUCACUCAUUUGCUGUCUUAAUGAUUUUAAAGGGUUUGUCAAUUUUGUGUGACGUUUCUGUUUCCUUCACGAAAACUAUUUUCAAAGACUGUCAUAGCUGUAUUCUAAAAGCACACUCGCACUCGCACUCACACUCAAUGAGUGGAGGUUCAAUCUGAGCUUCUCUUGAGUGUCAAUUCAAUGCUGUUUUCGACUAGCUGGAGGUUAAGUAGUCACAUGGUAAGGUACGACACUAAUCCUCCAGCUAUUCGAAAACAACAAUGACACUCGCGAGCAGCUCAGAUUAAACUUCCACUCAUUGAGUGUGAGUGAGCUUUUAGAAUAUGGGCGUCAGUUUCAAAGACUGUCAGGGCGAAAUGCGUACGCGUAUCGAUGUAAUAAUAAUAAUAAUAUUUAAUAUUAAUAUUGCGCAAAUUAACAUGUUAUAGUUAUAUUUAUUCAACUAAAUAUUUGACUAGGUGUUAAAUUAACAUGUUAUAUGUUAUAUUAACAUGUUAUAUGUUAUAUUUAUUUGACUAGGUGUUAAAUUAACAUGUUAUAUGUUAAUUAACAUGUUAUAUGUUAUAUUUAUUCGACUAAAUAUUUGACUAGGUGUCAAACCUGAGCCUGCUGUCAAGUGCAAUCAGCCCAGCGUAUGUUUCUGGAUGCCCGGCAGGAUAACAAGCCGGUAAAUAAGUCUCAGGGGUGGUUAGGGUCACAAUGCAUUCUCGAAUUUAUUUUUUGUCGACCCUGUUCUGCUAAUUCCGUAUUCUAUUAUGCUACUCGAGAUGCUGUUCUGCUAAUCCCGUAUGCUGUAAUUACGUGAGCUGUUCUGCUAAUACGUAUGCUGUUAUGUUAAUUCCGCAUGCUGUUCUGCUAGUACGUAUGCUGUUCUGUGAACUACGUGUGCUGUUACGUUCUGUGAAUUACGUGUGCUGUUCUGCUAAUCCGGAUGCUGUUCUGCGAAUACGUGUGCUAUUAUGCGAAUUCCGUAUUGAAUUCCGUAUUGUGUCUAUUGUUGUUCCGCCUCGACGGUAUGACAGUGUUGUUUCUUUGUUUUGUAAAAAACUACUAGUUAUUGUGUUCCGCAGAAGUUGGUAUUUAUACAAAACUACCCUACCAAACUGCUGCGAACAUCCGCUUAAACUGACGUAGUUUACGUUCCAUGUAAGUCUGUGCUACAUCAACAUUUUCUCCUCCUUUAUCCGACCUCACUAUAGAUGGUAAACCAUAAUAAUUUUAAGCGCUGUUGAGGCACGGUUAUUGGAACGGCAUCUUAAGUAUACAAAUAUAUACAAUCAUUUUUGAGAAGCCGUCAAUGCCAACCAGGCCCUUUUAAAUAACUGGGGGUAAAAGCCCCAAGCCUGUCUCCCCCACUCAACCAUUUUGCCCCUCCCCUCCCCCCACUCAACUAUUUUGCUCUCCCCCGUCAAAGUUCCUUUCUCUAAAACAUAAGCAAAACAUUGGAAGAAAAAUGGAAGUUAGAAGGGAGGUUUGAUAUUCUAGUAACUUAUUAAAUUUGCUUUGUAAAUCUUACAGUGGCGAAGCCAACCCUACAAUUUGGUUAUGCUAUGCCAAAUAUAUCCGUGUUCACAGACCGUGAAAACAAUCAAUUUCUAAAGAAAGGUUUAAAAUUUGCAUAGCAUGACUAUAUUCUCGGGCACUUGAAUCUUAUGUGGUGUCUUUUUCUUCAAAUGAUUCAAUGUUUUUUUUGAAAAUGCUAAACAUUGUGCUGCAUACACCUUAGAUUUUAAAAAUUUCCCAGUGGAUAGCUGGCCCGAUAGCAUAUCCCUGAUCCUAUACAUUUGAGUUGUUGGAAGGCUAGGCAUGGAGUAGUUUGGAGUAGUUGCAUACCAUGCAAGUACUCAACUGAAGAUUCGGGCUAUCGACAGUGUAAUGUAACGCUGUAUAUCCAAAAAUCUGUUUCAGAAAACGCACGAAAUGCAGUACUAGGGGUGGAAAAACAAACAUUUCUGAAGGGGAUGACCCAACACUAAUAUAUAUAUAUAUAUUUGCACUAUUUUUAUCAACUCGUUCCCAGAGUAUGCCUGUUCUCGGGUUAUGUAGUGGCACUACAUAACCCGCGAACAGGCAUACUCAGUCUCUGGGAACGAGAUUGUAUUUUUAUAUUAAUUUGUAUAUUACACGUCUAACUUUUUUGAAUUACAUAUUUAAUUGGUAAACCUUGCAUGAUUGUGUUUAUCUUAUUAUUUUUUAGCAUGACAUGGAUGCUGAUUGGUUGAGAGGAGUUCAAUUAUUUCAUUAAUUAUACUGCAGUGC